AUGGAGCCCUUCGCGUCCGAAAAGUCGCCCAGCCGUCUCAACCAACGUUCCUUCGGCGUCACCAAUCGAAUAUGGCUCAUCCUCUCUCUCUUCCUCGCCAUCCUCCUCUUCACCCGCUUCGCCCUCCCUUCUUCCUCAACAGACUCGUACUACUCCCGCUCGCUGUCACAGGCAUACACCUCGAAACUCAAGCCGACUAAUUAUUUGAACGUGUCGGCGGAGGUGGGCCCGUACCCGUUCGAGUUUUGUCCGACGUUUGGGCCUGGGGACGAGUUGGCGGAGAAGUAUGGCGCGUUGGCGAUUAGCAAGAGUUGGUUGCAUUUGGGUAGCGGGGCGAGGGUGCAGAAGGUCGUUCAUAGGGCGCUGCUUGGCCAGCCGGUCACUAUCAGUGUCAUUGGCGGUUCAGUCUCCGCCUGCCACGGCGCCGGCGACGACCCCAUCUCGCCCACCUGCUACCCCUCCCGCUUCUUCGACUGGUGGAACACCGUCUUCCCACAUCCCGCCUCCGAGCUCACAAACGGGGCCAUGCGCCGUACAGGCUCCGAGUACUUCUCUUUCUGCAGCGCGCACCAUUUGCCGGAUUAUACGGAUUUGGUGGUUGUUGAGUUGGAUACUGAGGAUAAGGGCGAUAAAACGACACUAGAGAACUUCGAGCUCCUCAUCCGCUCGAUCCUUCUCCGCCCCGAUUCGCCUGCCAUCAUCAUCCUCGGCCAUUUCAGUCCUCAGGUGCAUACGCAGAGCGGAUUUGCGGGGCCGGAUCAUUGGCAUAGCGUUGUAUCGCAGUUUUAUGACGUUCCGCAUAUCAGCACGAAAGCAUUCCAUUACCCCGCCUACAUCCUCUCCCCCCCCUCCAUCGAAAAACACUUCGCAGACCCCGUCCUCGCCAACCCCUCCGGACACUCCAUCCUCGCCGACACCCUCAUCAGCUACAUCCAGUCCCAAAUCUGCGCGACCUUCGCCGCUGCGACGGGUCGUGCGUACGAAGGCGGCGGCGCGACGCUGCCGGUGUAUUAUGCGCUGAAUGGAGGGUCGGCGCCCGGUGAUGCGAAGGGGUUGUUUGGGGGGAAGGGACAGAGGAAAGGAUCAGCUGCCGGUGCGCCGGACGACGAUGCGUCCAACCCCGCGGACCGAGGCAUCGACUGGUCACUCGGCACUGGCUCCUCCUCUGGCAAAGGCGCAGGAGCAGCGGGCGCGGCGGGGCAGUUGGCUCAGUAUUUGAAGGUGCCGCAGAGUAGGAUCGCGAGCGUACCGGAGGAUUUGAGGAAUAGGGGUUUCCAGGAGAUAGCGACGAGUUGUGUGUCCGCAAACGACUUAAUCAACCCGUUGCCGCUUUCGAUUUUCUUAGGUUCGGGAUGGGAGAUCUAUCAUCCUUCAUCUCCUUAUUCCUCCUCUUCCGCCUUCUCCUCCUUCUUUUCCUCCUCCUACUCCGAACCCUCAAGCGAAAGCGCACAGCACUACUGGUACGCCACGAUGCCUACGUCCAGGCUGCGGAUCCCAUUGAGCAUAGGCGCGGGGGAUGUGGGGGUGUAUUAUGUGAGGGAGCCGAGGGCGGUGGUUGGGGAGGGAGCGGCGGUGGAGUGUUGGGUGGAUGAUAAUUAUGGGGGGGCGAGGGUUUUGGAGAAUGUGGGGGAGGUGGGCGAGGCGGAGGUUGUCCUGCAGAUGAUAGACCACUAUGUCGCGCGCGGCGCGCAUUUCGUGGAGUGUCAGCUUUUGGGAGAGGAGGGGCAGGAGGUGCCGCCGUUUAGGAUCGUUGGGUUUUUCACUACGUAG